AUGUCGUCGGCAGCUCCGCCACCCAUCUCCGCCGUGCUCCGCCCCUGGCCGCUAUUCCUAGACCUAUCAGCACUCAGCCUCCCAAUCUCCGUCUCCGAAUCCACCUACCGCCUCACCCAAAAUCUCCGCUUCUUCCUCCCAAACUACGCCGUCAUCACUCUCCUAAUCUUCGUCGUAACCCUCGUCACCCGCCCCCUCCCCUUAAUCCUCUUCCUCUGCAUCUCCGCCGCGUGGGUGUACCUGGUUUUAUGGCGCGACGAACCACUAUCCGUCUUCGAUUUCGAAAUCGAUCAGAAAAUUGUCGUCGGAUUUCUCGCCGUAUUGACCUUGGUCGCUCUCUUCUGGACCAAAACAUGGUCCAAGCUCUUCGUUUCAGUGAUCGUCGGAGCUGCGAUCGUGCUCUUUCACGGCGUGUUGAGGGCGCCGGAAGAUUCAUUGGAAGAUUCACCGUACGGUUCGUUGCUCAACCUUGUGGACAGUCCGAGGGGAGAAUAUGCUAGUGUCUGA